UCAUGGCGUCUCCAGUAGUUGCCGCUUUCCAGUCCUCAGAAAACUAGGCUUUCUUAUGCAUUCUGUCUUUCUUACAGCACUUACAGUCUUAAGAGAAACCUCCAAGAGGUUUACUUUCUCGGACGGCCGGUAUCCGGAACUCAAGCAAAGAGGCCUGACCGAUCGGACUGUGGGAAGCAUUACAGGGACGGAAACCAGAGAGGAAAUGCAGUCGGAAUGCUUCCCAGAGUGCGCCGGAAGUACAGUCCUGGCUUCUGAGACUGCCAUCCAAGAAACUCAGGAAGAGGAUCUGACAAUUUCCCUAAGCACCCCGUGCCUGGACCCAGAAUGUCACAGGCCACCAAGAGGAAGCAUGUGGUGAAGGAGGUGCUCGGGGAGCACAUAGUACCCUCUGACCGACAACAAAUAGUGAGAGUACUCAGGACCCCAGGGAACAAUUUACAUGAGGUAGAGACGGCUCAAGGGCAACGCUUCCUGGUGAGCAUGCCCUCGAAGUACCGCAAAAACAUCUGGAUCAAGAGAGGGGACUUUCUUAUUGUCGACCCCAUUGAAGAAGGAGAAAAGGUGAAGGCUGAGAUCUCCUUUGUGCUCUGCAAGGACCACGUGCGCUCUCUACAGAAGGAGGGGUUCUGGCCUGAGGCCUUCUCUGAAGUGGCUGAGAAGGACAACAACAACAGGAGCAGACAAACUGAGCCAGAGCUUCCAGCUGAGCCACAGUCAUCAGAAGAAUCUGGUUCUGAAGAUGACUCUGACCUCUUUGUUAACACCAAUCGCAGACAAUAUUUUGAGAGUGAGGAGGAGAGUGAAGAAGAAGAGGCAGCUUGAGACCUGGGAUCCUCUUUUCCGCUUGCUCAGGGACUAGUCCCAGGGUUCCCUGGCUUGGACAUUCCCAUGGUGCCCUGCAGAUCUUUUCCGCUGGAUGGGGACAAGGCAGGACUCCUCUCUGAACCGUUCUUCUGACUUCAGCAAAUUAAACCCCUGGUGGGUGGUGACUUGUA